AUGGCGAAAACUCCAGAGAAAAUCUCACAGCAAAAAAUGGCUGCCAGCGCAGUAAACAAACCUCCCAUAUGGGAUUGUGGAAGCUCACUCUACGACUCAUUCGAGUUGAAAUCAUUCGAACGUCAACUCGAUUCAGCCAUAUCUUCUCGAAGCCUCUCAAUGCCUCAUUUACCCGAUCGCCGUGUUCUUAUUCCACCUUCAACAACAGAUCCCCAACAAACUACUCAACCGAUUUCCAAAAAAACUUCUAGAAUCUCUAGAUCUUUCCAGAAACUUCUCAAAUCCGUUUUCAGAGCAAAACAGAGUAACAGUCCGCUUUUUCAGGGGCAAAAUCGAGAUGGAUUUUACGUCGUUUAUGAUAAAUCUGGUGCACUUACGACGAUUCCGGAAGGACCGGAGUACGACAGACUUUCGCCGGAGAUUAAGUCGUUGGUUAGAAGAACAGGUUCCGAACGGUUCACGGCAACUUCCAUUGGUAUUUCAUGUGCUUGAUAUAUAAUAUAGAUCUUAAUCUAAGUAAUUAGAAUAUAAUGACUAAUAUGUAUAGCAAUAAUUUCUUUCAUCUUUUGGAAUAUUGUUGUUACUAGUUUUUGAACUAAAAAAUUUGAAGUUUUCAUGGCCUACAA